AUGAAGUUCAAGGCGGUGACCGCCGACAUCCGGGACGAGCUGCUCAAGCUGGAGCGAAGCUUCAACUCACAAAACUACAAAUUCGGCCUGCUCUACUGCAAGAAGGGGCAGACCGAGAACGAAAUGUUCACCAACGUGGUCGACAAUUCCAACAAGUGCUAUGAGCGAUUCCUCAAUUUCCUGGGCGAGAGAAUCACGCUCAAGGGCUGGAAGAACUACACCGGCGGCCUCGAUGUAAAGAACGAAUCGACGGGAGACGAGUCGGUCUACAAAGAGUUCAGGGAGCAGCGGAUCAUGUUCCACGUCUCCACGCUGCUGCCCUACUACCCGCGGGACGAGCAGCAGGUUGAGCGCAAGCGACACCUGGGCAACGACAUCGUGGUCAUCGUCUUCCUCGAACCGGGCGCCCAAUUCACGCCACGGCUCAUGACCACCCAGUUCAAU